AUAGCAUUUCGAAUUAAUUCACGUGUGCAGUGCUACCAGGGAGAUACUUCCUCUUAUUUUUUGUUUCUUUCUUUCUAUCGUUCUUUCUUUCUUUUCCUCCUUUCGCAGUCAAAGCUCACAUGACGGUCAGGUGGUUGCAGGUCACGUGAACACGGCUUUGCGGAAGCUAUCGGCAAACAUGGCUCGACCGACGUGCUCGAAUAAAGUAAAACUAACGGCUUUUUUAAUCACUAUUUUUGGCCUUUUCGCCACAGGCAACUCCACCGCUCAAGUGCCACUUCUUCUAUGGUCCAACGGCAGUCUUCCACCGUUAGCCUCACUUGCAGCUGGUCACAUCACGUCCCAUGACCAGUUUGAUGCCUACCUCACCGAAGCUUUUGGCUCCGCCCCACAAACUGUGGUAUUAUUUCUGCAGGACAAGUUAAGUUUAGAUGACUUCACAGUAUUUGGGGGAGCAUUUGGAAACAAACAAGACAAUGCCUUUAAGAACAUUGAGACUGCUCUUCGGUCCUCUGCAUCGUCUGUCACUAUUCCGGCCUUGGAAUGGUCUGGUUCCACGGCCACCCUGGCUCUGCUGCAGGACAAACUUGGUGUUUCACCAUUGCUUGUGGAUGCAGACAGUCUGUCACACCUGACCAUCGACACGUCUGUUAACCAACUGUUACUCAUCAGUCUUCCCUAUUGUUCUGGUUUGUACAAGUCUUGUAAAGAGGACCUGCUCAACAACGACGAGGUUGUCGGGAAGGUUCUGGCAGUCAUGAUGGCCAAGAACUGUCAGUACACAGCAAUAUACACAGGACUGCAGCCAUCACGAGUGAUCUCAGAGCCGUCAGUGUCUGAAGAGUCUGUGGGACGGUCUUUACUCCAGGCAGUGGUGACUGAUGUCAGUCCACCCAUCAUUUUUGGUCCACCUGGGAGUCCUUGCAUCAUGCUCUGGGCACAAAAUCUCAGCGUCAGCCUGUCGAGCUCUAUGCAGUGGAUCGACCUCGGUUCACAAACACCUACUCUGACAGGAUCCAUGUGUAACAACACCAACUCUCUGCUGGUUCUCACCUAUCAAUCAGGAAUUGUUUUAAGUUUUGCCAUGAGCCAGCGCUUUUACCCCGUGUCUGCACGAAACUGGUUCACCCUGGACUCUGUGCAGCUGCAGUCCAACGGUCAAACUGCGUCGUUCAUCGGGAGGCGCGGCAUCUACGCUCCUGCAGAGUACUCCUUCCACUGCCAGUCAGUCACCACCUUCCAAGAUGCCCUGUUGAUACCAGACGAAAGCAGCAUGAUGCAAAAUACAUCCCAGUGGAGGCUCAACUUUGUUGACUUCCAGAUUCAAGGCUUUAAUUUACUAAAUGGAACCAAUUUUGCCUACGCCAGUGACUGUGCCGGAUUCUUCACUGCAGGAAUUUGGAUGGGUCUGCUGACCUCACUACUCAUGCUGCUAAUUUUCGUGUACGGUCUGCACAUGAUUAUGCAGCUAAAUACCAUGGAUCGUUUUGAUGACCCCAAAGGUCCAUCAAUUUCAGUGCCUCAGACCGAGUGAAGUUCUCUGAACGCCACUCGUCAGAUGUUCAGUGUCUCCAAAUUAAUGUCCCACUCGACAGGAGGUCUUCUGUGCCAUAAAGGUUGUCUGGACUUUACAGGUAUAUUUAGAGCUUUAACUUUAUCAGUGACAUUCUUCUCUCACUUUUUUUUUUUUUUCUGUUUUAGAAUAUUUCCACAACUGUUUGUCUCACAAGGCACAUUCCUUUUAAUCUAACAAUUUUUGCAAGUGCCAAAAUGAAUGCACUUUUACUUUCUAGGAGCAUGUUUUAAAUGUCUGUAAUUAACUUUGCCAUUUUGCCACCUUAGCCCAGAAACUGAGGGCACUUUCCAAAAAACGACUGCAUGCUUACCCAGUGAGUGCCUCCUCUGCCAACUUGAAUGUCACUGCUGAAUGCUCUCCUUUUCAAACCUCACUGUCCUAUUAUCUCUUUCAACCUUACUAUAAUUUAAAAACUACUUGUGAUGAAAGAAAUUUUGAAAUGGCAACCGUUUGAAAUUUAUCAUGCAGAUGUGUGAUAGUAUUUUCUCCAUAGUUUCUUUUGUUUUGUUUCAUAGUAAGAAUUGGUGACAGACCACUUUAGUUCAAUGAUUUACUGACAAAAUAAUUUAUUUAUAUAUUGAAAAUACGGGCUUUGCCAAUCAUCAAAGUAACAUAUGCUUGAAGAUCAACAGAUUUGAUGUCAAUGCCUUAGUAAACUAAAUUAAUACUUACAUGCCACAAAGUACUGUGUUUACGUUGAAAUUGGAAAUAAAGAAUUUUGUUGAUUCCGA